CUAAACGAUCCAAAUAAUGGAACCGCUUGGACGGUAAUUCAACGUCGCCAAGAGGGUGGAAUUGAUUUUUCGAAUAUUCGUGAUUGGAAAACAUACCAAAAAGGUUUUGGUAAUUUGAAUGGUGGAUUUUUCAUUGGUUUAGAGAAAUUAAAUGCCAUAACUGAAUCUGAACUACAUGAAUUAUGGUUUGAUAUGGAAGAUUUUGAAGGAGAGAAACGUUACGCAAAGUAUGAUUCAUUUGCCAUAGGCGAUGAAUCCACUUAUUAUGAUAUAAAAAUUUUGGGGAAUUAUAGUGGAGAUGCUGGUGAUUCAUUCACUUAUCAUGAAGGUAUGAAAUUUACAACAGGUGACGUUGACAAUGAUCUCUUGGAAAGAAAUUGUGCUGAUUUAUUUAAAGGUUGUUGGUGGUAUCGAGACUGCCAUGUCAGCAACUUGAAUGGUGUGUAUUUGGGAGGCAAAUAUGAGGAAUCUAAAUACGCAACCGGCGUAGUUUGGACCUCCUGGCGUGGAGUGUACUACUCUUUAAAGAACGUUGUAAUGGCUAUUCGACCAGUAACUUAA